CACUUCACCCCCACCGAAUCUCUGUCCAUGUCCCUAUUUCUCCGAGGCAAACCCCGGGGCUCUCAUUCUGAAGGGUUUUCUAUCCAUUCACCGUCUCAAAGUUAAACAAAUCGCUCCUCUGUAACCCGAGCAUCUCUGCUCUCUGUCUGUAGGCAGGGUUUUCUUCACUAAAUCCUCUCAGUCGAAGUGUUUCAAGUGGAGGGGGGAAGAACAGAACUCAGGGAAAGUAGCAUACGAACAAGGUCCUUACUCUGCCAUCCUUUCAGUUUGCUUCCAGAGGAACUUCUAGUCAUAAAUAUAUUCUUUCAGACGACAGAAUGGUUGACGAGGCUUUUAAUGAGAAGCUACUGACUGAGAAACUGUCUAAACUCAACAGUUCUCAGCAAAGCAUUGAAUCUUUGUCUCGGUGGUGCAUAUCUCACCGUAGAAAGGCUAAGCAAGUUGUUGAAACAUGGGAGAAAGUAUUCAAAUCUGCACAGCGCGAGCAACGGGUUUCCUUUUUAUACUUGUCCAAUGACAUACUGCAGAAUAGCAGGCGCAAGGGCAGCGAAUUUGUGAAUGAAUUCUGGAAGGUUCUUCCAGCAGCUCUCAAGGGUGUUUAUGAUAGUGGCGAUGAAAAUUGCAGAAAAGUUGCCUCCAGACUGGUUGACAUCUGGGAAGAAAGAAAAGUUUUUGGAUCUAGAGGCCAAAAUCUGAAGAAUGAAAUACUGGGAAAUAAUCCGUCUCCAAUCAAUAAUGGGAAGAAUUCAAAUCCUAUCAAGGUGGUAAAACGAGAUGCCACCUCAUUGAGAAUUAAAUUGGCUGUUGGAGGUUUGCCAGAAAAAAUUGUAACUGCUUUGCAGUUGGUACAUGAUGAAGCUGUCAGUGAAGAAGCAGCCUUAAAUAAAUGUCGCAAUGCAGUUUCUUGUGUACAGGAAAUAGAGAAAGAUGUUGUGAAUGCUUCUUCUCAAGGAAACCUGCAUGGGUCUGAUGUGCUAGAUAAUAUACAGAAACAGGAGAACAUUAUUCAGCAAUGCAUUAGCGAACUUGAAAACUGUGAAGCAGUUAGAGUUGCUCUGGUUUCCCAGCUUGGAGAAGCACUUCAGGAUCAAGAAUCAAAGCUGGAGCAGAUUCGGAAUGAGUUACUUGUCGCUCGGGGUCAUAUUGAGCAAGCAGCUAAUAUGAGACUCCAGCUAACGUCAACCUCCUCAGUGCCACCAACCAUGAGCCAGCCAAUGAUGGAACCUGCUUUUACUCCUGUCCUGCCGCCAAUCAAUAUGACUCUGCCUCCACCCGUGCAUCCUGUGACUUCAUUUGCAAACUCAAACGAAGAGGAGAGCAAGAAGGCAACAGCUGCUGCUGUCGCUGCAAAACUGGCCGCUUCAACAUCUUCGGCUCAGAUGCUUACAUCUAUUCUCUCAUCCCUUGUAGCGGAAGAGGCUGCAUCAAUGAGCAGUGGCUUGAAAAGGCCUAAGUUAGAGCCACCAAUGGUGUUUCCAGACGCCAAGAAUUCUGAAGGAGCUAAUCCAGCCUAUUUUCCUACCUCGCAGCAGGCAAUGACUAAUAUGCCGCCUGUUCAGUCUGCCAGUACACAACCUCUUUCCCAGUUACAAUCUCCAUUCCUCCCACCUCCGCCACCUCCCCCACCGCUUGCACCGCCGGCUACUUCCCCUGCAAAUCAGUUAGUCCAAUCUAAUAUGACAGGACUACCAUAUGGCUAUGGAGCUAGCAACUUAUUGCCUCAACCACCGUCUUCAAAUGCUGCCCUCGGGUUUCCUCGGCCAGGCCCAGCACCUCAGCAAACACAACAGAACCAGCAACAGCAGCCGCUGCAACCACCGGCAAGUGGUGGAUACUACAGGCCGGUAGGUAUUGGAUUUUAUGGGCAAAGCCAUCAGCCCUCGACUCCUCCAAUUAACCGGCAGUAAAUUAUUACUGGUAAACUGUGGAUCCUGUAUCAGUUUUGUACAUUAAUGGGAUAGUCUGUUUCGGCUAGAAACUUUCCGACAGUUUCUGUGUAGUGUGUGCUAUCCUCCUGUUCGUGACGUGUCAUUAAAAUUGUAUCCUUCACAUGGUACUUGUAGCUAAUGUAAACUAAAUGUAGAAUUUUGAAUAUUUAGUCACAUAUGGGCCAGGAUCAAUAUUCAACAGGGAGUUUGAUUUU